UAUGCAGCUCAGGCUCUUGGAUUACCAUUUCUGAGCCCAUAUUUGCAAUCCAUUGGAUCUGAUUUCAGGCAUGGAGCUAAUUUUGCCACAUUGGCUUCCACUGUGCUUCUUCCAAACACUUCCUUAUUUGUCACUGGAAUCAGUCCAUUUUCACUAGCUAUCCAGCUCAAUCAAAUGAAGGAAUUCAAGGUCAGAGUUGAUGAAUUUCAUCACUCAUCCAAUAAAAAAGAAUCUAAAAGGCUUCCUUCACCGGACAUUUUUGGAAAGUCACUAUACACAUUCUACAUUGGUCAAAAUGAUUUUACUUCCAACUUAAAAGCCAUUGGUAUAGAAGGAGUGAAGCAAUAUCUUCCUCAAGUGGUUUACCAAAUUGCUGACACCAUCAAG